AUGUCCGAAAACAGAAGUCAAAACCCUAACGUUGAAGACUUCGUUAGGAGAAACGCCACCAUGAUUGCCAUGCAUGUCGAGGAAAACCCUAACGCCGUCAACCAAUACCGUCGACGCAUGUACAAAUGCAAGGACUGUGACAAAGAGUACGAUAACUUCCAAGCUUUAGGUGGCCACCGGGCUAGUCACCGGAGUAGUCUCAGGACUCUUGAAUCCCAUUCUGAAGUUAAGAUACAUGAAUGCAGGAUUUGUGGCAAUGGUUUUGCAAUCGGGCAAGCUUUGGGAGGACACAUGAGGAAGCAUUGGUUGCGUAAAGUCGACAAUGAGGAGAAGGGUUUAUGUCAUGGAAACAAAAGUAUAUGGAAAGCAGCUCAUCAUGAUGAUCAUGAGUCUUGUUCUUCUUCUUCGGUAACCAGUAAUUCGAAUGGUAAGGAACUUUUUGGUUAUGAUCUAAACAUGACGCCUCAUGAGAAUGAAUUAAAGAAUGGAGAUGGAUCACAUAAUCUUAGUUUUUCUGAAGCUUCAUGA